AUGCAUCUGGAGAUCUUAUUAUUCGAGGUGAUUCUAAGCAAGAGACUUAAAGGGUUUAUCGCCUUUACCUUGUGUGUUCCACGUCAGUAUAUCUUUGUGAAUGAGAACAAGACAUGGACAGAAGCUCAGAGCUACUGUAGAGAUAAAUACACUGAUCUGGUCACCACUGAAAAUGAAGAAGAGACGGUGCAGUUACUCAACACAGUGAAUGAAUAUAACUCCAUUGAUCUGGCCUGGAUUGGACUCUAUGAUGAUCUGGACAGUUGGAAAUGGACUCUAGAGGACAGUGAUUUCUUUAAAGAAGGAGAAAAACAGUUCAGAAACUGGUAUAAGGAAGAGCCAGGGAAUUAUGGAGGACAGAGUCAGUGUGUAGUCAUGUACGGAGAGAUUUGGUAUGCAAUAAGAUGUGAUAUCACAUUGCCUUUUAUCUGCUAUGACGGAAGACAGAAUGCCAGCACUAGUUAUGUUUGGGUUUAUCAAUACAAAAACUGGACUGAAGCUCAGAGUUACUGCAGAGAACAUCACACAGACCUUGUCAGUGUCAGAAAUGAAGCUGAAAACCAGAAGAUCCGAUAUUCAAUCAAGAAUUACUAUUACAAUUACAAUUAUUAUGAUUAUUAUGAAUAUUAUUAUGAUUAUUAUUAUGGUUGGAUUGGUCUGUAUAGAACUAGAUCUUGGUCAGAUCAGAGUAACUCUACAUUCAGUAACUGGAGGUCAGGAGAGCCGAAUAAUGCUGGAGACAGUGAAUACUGCACUGCUGUGUCAUUCAGUGAUGCUGGAGAAUGGACGGAUGAAAACUGUGAUUAUCAGUUACCUUUCAUUUGCUACAAUGUGUCCCCUUUGGCAUCAUCCCGUCAGUAUCACUUUAUCUCAGAGAAUAAGAGCUGGUCUGAAGCUCAGACAUACUGCAGACAGAAUUACACUGAUCUGGCCACCAUUGAUAACAUGACAGAGAUGAACAGUGUGAUGAACACAGUUAAUGGGAGUUACAAUGGCUCAGCCUGGAUUGGACUGUAUGAUGAUGUCAACAGCUGGAGAUGGUCACUGGAUGAUGAUGAUUUCUAUCAGGAAGGAGAGAGAGAAUUCAGAAACUGGUAUCAUCAACCGGACAACUAUGGUGGAAAUGAGCUGUGUGUUUAUAUGAAUUAUGAUGGCAAAUGGUUUGAUUCAUCAUGUGAUAACAUCCUAUCAUUUGUUUGCUUUGAUGGAAACAAUAACACACACUGUUACAUCAAAAUCACUGAGAGAAGAAACUGGACAGAAGCUCAGAAAUACUGCAGAGAAUCUUACACAGAUCUUGCCAAUGUGAGAAACCAGACAGAGAAUCAGAAGAUCCUGGAGAGUACUGGUGGUCGAGUCUGGAUCGGUCUGUACAGGAACAGGAUUUGGUCGAAUGGUCAAAAUACCAAAUAUCAAAACUGGAGACCAGAAAUUACAUAUUCAGAAGAGCAACCAGAUAAUGGAUAUGGCCAGUGGUAUAACCAGCACUGCAUUGCUGUGUCAUUGAGACAUUCAGGCAGAUGGACAGAUGAGAACUGCUUAUCCAACAUGCCCUUCAUCUGCUACAGUAGUGAGUUUAUUUUCAUUAUUUGUCACUGCAAAAGAUGCUGA